UCAAAUGCAGUAGGGGAAAUGAUAAUCUGAGUAACUUUGUGACUUGCAACAUUUGCAAUCGAACAUUUGUUUGCAGUUUAAAAAGUGGCAAAGCAAAACACAGAGUCUUUGCAGCUCCGAUCCAUAAUCAAACACAAUAAAGGAGGAGGGUUUUUUCAAGAGGAGGCUUCUCUUUCCACAGAAGGAAAGAUGUUUGAUACUCUUGGACUCAUUUGGAUGAGUUGGUGGUGUAUGACACUAUUUCAUCCCUUGCAUGCUGACCUCCAGCGUAUAGAGCGAAUCUGUUCAGCAGAGACAGAAGAAUCACCUAUCACAAAUUUGACAUGGAAUUGGAGAAGAAUGGAGCUGUCCUGGGAGAGUAGCAAGAAUUUCCCUAGUUAUACUUGUAUGAUGACCAGCGGUGAUAGACGUAGAAGGAAGAAGGUGGAGAACAGAAAAUGCUGGUUUUCAAUGGAAAAUAGUCUACCUCUGCAAGGAGGGAUAAGCUUUACCAUUGAAGUACCAAAUACAAACAUCUCAAAACAUUGCCGAUUUAUCCCUGAAGGUAAUGCUUAUGAGCUGGGCAAAAAGGGGUCAGCCAUUGAAAACUUCUCCUGUGUGAUUUAUGAUGUUUCUCUCAUGAACUGCACUUGGCAGGCAGGCAGGAAUGCUCCAGGAGAUACCCAAUAUUUUCUCUACUGGAAGAAUUCAAGAGAUGAUAAUGAGACAGAAUGUGAGCUUUACAUUAAAGGUGAAAAUGGCAUGCACACAGGAUGCAGAUUCCAAAAUGUGAUGAUUGAAGAGAAAACUACUUAUUUUCUGGUGGAUGGAAUUAGCAGCGAUUCCCAGAUCCAGUUCUAUGAUGAGUACAUAGAGCUGUAUGAAAUUGAAAGACUCACUCCUCCGUUAAAUGUCAGUGUCAACUGUACUGUCAAUCCAGCAGGUUGCACAAUUACAUGGCAAAAACCCCGUGCAAGUUAUGAGAAACCUGAACAUUGUUUUACGUAUGAAAUUAACAUACAAAAUAAGGGUGAGCAUGACAAAGAUAAAAAGGAUCCUCCUGUAAUAGUAAACACAAACAAAUACGAAUUCGAAAAUUAUAAUGUGAAAAAAAAAUACAUUCUGAAAAUCAGAGCACGUGGAAACAGCUGUACUAUAAACAAAAGCUGGGGUGAAUGGAGUAAACCCAUAGAGUUUGGUGAAAACGAAGAUUACUUCCUUGUUGUGCUUUUACUUCUGAUAGUACUUGGAACAAUCUUAGUGACACUGCUCCUUUUUUUUCUUUGCAAAAGGUAUUGCAGUUUCAAAAGAGUAUUUCCUCCUAUUCCACAACCAAGAGACAAAUUUAACACAUCACAUGAUGAAAAUAUCCAGACAGAGAACAUGUUUCCAUCCAGCCUAAGCUGUACUAAGGAAGUAACUAUGGUUGAAGAGAUGACCUAACUUUCUAAAAAGAAAACAGACUUGGAUUCUUCAACACAAAAUCACGCAUCAUGACAAUCUACAAGCAUUUAAGGUGUUCUUCACAGUAUAGACUAGAAAUGAACACCUAUGAAAUUUUCCCCCAUUAAAAACAAUAAAUAAAUAAAAUGGAAUAGGAAGCUUUCUAAAAUACAGGCCUUAGAUUUAGAUUCCUGCUUUUAUAUGUAUGUGUAAAAUUCCAGAUCUUUUUCUGUUAAAUGUAUUUUUCAAAAUAAACACAUUUUACCAAAUAUGUGCUUCAAUAAGGCA